CCCUUCUCUUCUCCAGUCCGCACGAUACAAAAGUUUGAUGAGAUACGAAGGUUUGUUGGCUGAGUGAUGAAAACCAAGUUUCCUCACUCGCAAAUUGAGCAUUCCAUGUAUCAAAACCCAAGUUACGUGACAAACCACGUGAACACUACUUACGGUAGUCUUGCUUUCUAUCUCCCUCUGUCUCCCUCUCCCCUCUCCCCCUUUCCUCUCUCCCUCUUUCUCUCCCUCACUGUCUUUCUUCCUCCCCCCCACUCGCUUUCUCUCGCGGAUCAUUCCGACAAACCCCUUCCUCAGCAGUUACCGCACGUCAUAGAUAAGCUUGCCGCUGUACCAGUUGCCCCACUACCACAACUGCCACUACACACCACCCCGCUCAACGGGUUAAAGGGGUUACCGAGCCAGAAACUCAAAAUGGGUCUCUCUUACAACGUCUACCUCAACUCUAGCCGUAUUUACGGGUGCAAAAACUGCAAAACCCACUUGUCUAAUUAUGAUGAUAUCCUGUCACGCAAUUUCCGUGGCCAACAUGGAAAAGCCUACCUCUUCAAUACUGUCGUCAACAUUAGCGAAGCCGAACCCGUUGAGCGCAACAUGACUACCGGCCGUCACAUCGUUCGCGACAUCUCUUGUCGCCAGUGCAAUGAAAUUGUUGGCUGGAAAUACGAUAAAGCCUAUGAGGCAUCGGAGGGUUACAAGGAGGGAAAGUUUAUCCUUGAGGCCGAGUUGCUGGUAAAUGUUCGUUAAAGUUCAAGUUUUAAAGUCUACGGUUUUUCGGAUGGAGGUGGAAAUGGGUUAAGGCUAUGGGUGAGAGAGAGCUGCUUUUAUAACUGCUCUCGUGUCUUGUUUCGUGGCUUUCUAUUUGUGUUUUUACUCAUGAUUGGAGUUCUUUCCGGCUGGUAUUUUUGUUUUUGUCUAUUCACAGCAUUUCUAUGGGUUUUCCUUUCAUCUUUUUAUUUUCGCUAUUAAAUUCCCUCUUCCCUCGAUCCUUUGUCUUUUCGCCUAUACCUCCUUCUCCCCCAACUCCUACUACGUAUAACGGACGGAUAUGGUGAGGAGUGGGGGGCAAAACAAGGUUCUGCUCGUCUGGCCUUAAAUUUUUAUUUCUAUUUCCGUUUCCCCAUUUUCCACUUCAAAAAAAACCUUCAACCAACCA